UUACUCUCUCUCUUUAUCUAUUUGCCUUGUGUCGGGUACUGUGCCAUCAAGUCGCACACAUAUUUUGCCACAUACGCAAGGCAUAGCAUGACGGUAGCGGUACUGAUCACUUUUUGGCUGGUUGCGCUUGUUGUCGCUUCGGAAGCAACCUCUUGCGACAACCUCCCUUGCGUCCACGGAUUGUGUUCGGAAGAGGGACCGUCGUACCGCUGCUACUGCGAGGACGGCUACACUGGCUACGAAUGCCAGACAGACUUUGACGACUGCCGCAGCGAGCCCUGCCAGUCUGGCGGGACUUGCAUCGACAGGGUAGCAGGCUUUUCCUGCCUCUGCACUCCAGGCUAUACGGGACGAGCGUGCGAGACCGACGUGGACGAAUGCGUGUCUCAGCCGUGCCUCAAUGGUGGCUCAUGUGUCGAUGAUGUCGGUGGCUUUACUUGUCUGUGCUUGCCUGGGUACACAGGGUCGGUGUGUGAAGAGGAUAUGAGCGUCUGUAACGGCACAGCUAGUCAACAUGGACCGCGCUGCUCCAAUGGAGGCACCUGCGUAGACGGGCCAGGAGAUUCCUUCUUCUGCAGCUGCACACACGAAUACACGGGGACGCUGUGCGAUGAAGACGUGGACGAAUGUGCCUCUCGUCCCUGCCAACAUCGCGGCCUCUGCUCAAAUUUUCCUGGUGGAUUUUCGUGCGUCUGUCAGCUGGGAUGGAUGGGACGUAGGUGCUCAGAAAAACUGACACCGUGCAGUGUGAACGAUUGUGCGAAUGGCGGUGUCUGUUUUCUCGUGGAGGGAAGCCCGCAGUGUUUUUGCGUACCGGACUUCCACGGCCCCUUGUGCGAGUGGAAAUACGACGAAUGUCUGUUGCCAGACAAUCCUUGUCUGAACGGCGGCACCUGCAUAGAUGGCGUCGAUUCCUAUACUUGCUCAUGUAGUGCCAACUUUAUAGGAGAUGUGUGCGACGUGCCUUGCGAUGCUCAAUCCUGCCUCUCGUCGUCUCUCCGUGAAACCACACCGUCGCUUCGAACCAUUUCUCGUGCCUUCUCAUCCGAAAGUGUCCCGUACGACGCCAGUUCUUCCUUCCUCCCUUCACCCAUCGCUUCAGUCGAGUCAUCGUUCCAACUGCCAAGGACGAUCCAACCAUCAAACGAAGACAGUCUUUCAUCGUGGCUGCAGUCAACGCAUUUGUCAAUUGUGUCGACAGCGGAGCACGGCACAUCACUGUCUAGCUCAACGUUCGGCACUGCAGACUGGUUAAUUGCAACGAGCACAGCUGUGCCAGGUGAUAGCUCGGCUUCCAAUUCUUUGUUCACUUCACAUCACUUCAGCACAGCGUCGACAUGGGUUACUUUGGUGCCCAUCAGUAGUGCAUCGUUGGAUUAUACCCCGACACAGAGUGAAAACCUCGACUCGAGAUCCAUAACGCGGACAUCAACUGAGAUCGCGCUGUCAAGUACGUCAUUUGGCGUUGCUCCUUCGUUGCCGACCGGUAACGGUACAGCAAUAUCGUCCAACGCCACAGAAACUAAUGAGGAACCGUGUACAAGGAUGACGUGUUUGAAUGGAGGAACACCAUUUCUAUCGAAUGGCUUCACUUGCUCGUGCCGUUGCCCGCUCCACUACGUAGGAUCAAGGUGCGAGGUAGACAUGCCGGAGUUUCGAGGAACAUCGUACCUCGCGUACACCUUGGACCCGCUCCAACGGUCUCUACAGUUGGAACUCACCUUUGCGUCUGAUGCUUCCACUGGAUUGCUGGCUUACGCCUCCAGCGGGUCCGCUUUCUUCAGCCUCUACCUGGAAGAAGGUCUCGUGAAAUUCGCUUUUUCGUGCGGCCUGCAGAAGAUGGUGGAGACUGGUGCUGCUGUUACGAUUGGUUACCUUCACACACUGCACAUGAGGUUGACAUGGUUGCCUACCGGAAGAUGCGUCGCGACGUUAAGGGUGAACGACACGUCUCCUCUUCUGGGCGAGUUGCCGACUCAAAAUCUGGUCUUCACUUGGGACAAGCUGUAUUUAGGUGGCCUUCCUCCAGGCUUCUUACCGGCCAUUCCUGUCGCUUCUUUCGUCGGAUGUGUCAAGAAUUUACGGAUUAACGGCGCCCAAGGAACCAUGCAGAGGGACGCUGCUGGUGGGGCUAGUGUCACGCCUUGCUCGCGUUGGCUGUGCGACAUCACCUGUCAGAAUGACGGAGUCUGUAUUUCUGAAAACAACCAUAGAUGGCGAUGCCAGUGCGAUGGAGGGUUCGCAGGUCCUCAGUGUGAACACCGCAAGUGCAAGCCCAAUUUGUGCCAAAACGUGCCACAGGGAACGUCCUUUACCGGCCCAAUGUCUCGCGUGGGUUAUGCUCUUCCCUUGGAUCCGACGGAGAGCGUGGAGAUCAAGAUACGCUUCUCUACUGCCCACCCUCGGCGUGCCUCUAUUCUUCUCUUCCUGGGGCAACAAAGCCUGGAAGACCCGAUGCAAGACUUCAUGAUGGUCACACUGGCUGGUGGUAGAGUUUUCCUCCACUUCAACUUAGGUUCGGGUACGACGAUACUGAGAUCAGCCGAGGUCAUCAACGGCAGCGCGCACACGGUGUAUGCCGGUCACCACAAGCGUUACGGGUGGCUAGCAGUGGAUUCCCAGGCUAAGGCCAUUGGUCUGUCCAGGGGAAGCCUCACCGGACUCAAUGUGGUGCCUCUCCUCUAUGUGGGAGGAGGGAUGACGACCUUAUAUCCAGGGUUUGUAGGUUGUGUACAAGACGUGGCAGUACGACAACUUCCUCAAGGCAGUUACCAGGGUUUGCAAGAGGUGACUGAGGCAAGGAACGUUGCCAGACGCUGUGGCGACCUGAGCAGCCCGUGUUUCGACAAUAUCACCUGCUCACACCACAUGUUCUCGUGCGUCUGUGUUGAGCCGAUGACGAUGCCAUCCUGUACAGAUAAUAAAGGAUGUGGUGCAAAGGAGUCUUGGAAUGUCAGCUGCGACUGCUCAACCUGCAACCGCAGCGAGGAGACGCUGCAUUUCUUGGACGACUCAUUUCUGGCAUUCCCGCCAAUGAAAUUUUCACGGAGGACUCGUGUGCACCUACAAGUUUGGCCUCAUCGUCCGGACGGUGUUCUCUUUCACGUGGGGCAACACGGGGACUUCGCGACGCUUCGACUGAGUGACGGCUACGCUCAGUUCCGCUUCAACUUGGGUACUGGUUCCGGCACUGCUACCCUUCUCACGUCUUCCACGAGGGUUCAACCUGGCAAGUGGAGCAGUAUCCAAGCAGACUUGAACGGAAGACAAGCAACGCUUCUAGUGGAUGACGUUAAUCGAGCAACAGCUUUAUCACCUGGGGGAAUGGUUUCACUGGACACCCUUUCUCCAGUAUACAUUGGUGGCGUCCCAGGGUCAGGGAUUCCUUCCCUACGUGGUUGCGUCCGCUCCAUAGAGGUCAACCACAAGGCGAUGCUGUUCAGAGGGGCGGUCCAACAAUUCAACGUCGCAGAAGACUGUAAGGCGUGCGACGGGAAGAAUAGUUGAAGUUCCAGGUCAAGACUUUCUCGUGUUGUUGUAAACUGGAUCGAUAGAAUGCUCUUUUUUAAUUUUAUAUGCGAGAUCAUUACUUGACAGGACUUGCAACGGUGUCGGCGGAUAGCGCACUAGUGCGCAAAUCCUGAUGGCGCAGGUGCGACUGCUUGCAGAUCACGUCAGCAGUUUGGUGGCAUGCUAGAAGUUGCCGCCGCGAGUAGCGUGAAAACAGGAUGCAUAUACCAUCACAAGAUCUGUCUUUGCUUUUCCCCUAAGCACACCUGA